AUGUCUUCUCUCCAACAAACUUUCUCUUCCAAAUCUAGUUCGGACUUCAACGAGUUCCAAUGGGUUAUUCAAAUCCGAAAAACACUCGAGGAAGAGCUCGACGAUGAUGGCGAAAUCCCGGUUUCGGUUUUCAAUGUCCCGAAAACCCUUUUGGCCAGUGAUCCUCAUUCCUACACCCCACAAGAAGUUGCAAUUGGUCCUUACCAUUAUUUGCGUACGGAGCUCUACGAGAUGGAGAGGUACAAAGUGGCUGCAGCUAAACGAACACAAAAGAAUCUCCAGUGCCUUAAGUUCCAAAAUGUUGUUGACCAAUUGAUAAAGUUUGAGCCGUGGAUUCGUGCUUGCUACCACAAGUACCUGGAUUUCAAUGGUGAGACUCUAGGGUGGAUGAUGGCGAUUGAUGCAUCGUUCGUGCUAGAAAUGCUCCAAGUCUAUGGAGCCAAAGAAGGGAAGAUUUUGACAAGAGUUUCCUCAAAGAUGUCGCGCUUGGUUGACUAUUCAGGCAGGAACUCAGCACACCAUGCAAUUCUAAGGGACUUGGUAAUGCUCGAGAACCAAAUCCCACUAUUUGUGUCGAGAAAAAUGUUGGAGUUUCAAUUCCCAUCGUUGGAAACCGCCGACGAGAUGCUGCUUUCGAUGUUGAUGGGAUUGUGCAAAGAGCUUUCACCCUUCAAGAUGAAGGAUGACGACCUGCCGAAGAUCAAAGUAUCAGAAUGUGCUCACUUGCUAGACUUUUUGUACCAAAUGAUCACCCCCAAACUAGAACGCCGGCCUUCUGAAAUUGUAGAAGCUGAGGAUCAAGGUGAAGCCGCAGACGAAGACAAGGAGUCAAAAUCUACGAAGAGCCCGAAUUACGUUAAACAAUUUCUUAAGGAAGUAUGGAAGCUGCUGUGGAAACUAAACAAAGGGCCGGUACGUCUCCUUAAAAAAAUAUUUGUAUCCCGACCUAUUAAAGUGAUAUUUAAAUUGCCUUGGACAAUCCUCUCCAGCCUUCCUGGAUUUGCACUUUUGAAACAACCUUCUGCUUAUUUAUUCUCCUCCCAAGACAAAGAAGAAAUCAAACCCGAAAAUGAGAGUUCCGUCAACAUACCGCCAUUGGUAGAGGAGAUUACAAUCCCUUCUGUGUCUUGUCUUAUGGAAUCUGGGGUCCGUUUCGUGCCAACAAAGGGUAGCAUUUCAUCCAUCUCCUUUGAUCCUAAAACGGUCACACUUUACCUCCCCGUAACUAGCUUAGAUGUGAACGCAGAGGUGAUCCUGAGAAACUUAGUAGCUUAUGAAGCAUCAAAUGCAUCAGGGCAGUUGGUUUUUACGCGCUACACGGAAAUGAUGAACGGGAUUAUAGACACGGAGGAGGACGCAAAGCUGCUUAGAGAUAAAGGUAUAAUUCUGAACCGUUUGAAGAGUGAUGAAGAAGUGGCCAAUCUGUUUAGUGGUAUGAGCAAGUCGAUUCGGUUGACGAAAGUGCCAUUCUUGGACCAGGCGAUUGACGAUGUGAACAAGUAUUACAACGGUAGAUGGAAGGUUAAAAUGGCAAAAAUGUUCAAGGUUUAUGUGGUUGGUUGCUGGCCAAUUCUUUCUUUGUUGGCUGCCGUUUUUCUCUUGCUAUUGAUGACAUUGCAAGCGGUUUGCUCAGUUUAUAGCUGCGGUCGCACAUUUGGCAUCAACACAACCACUACUACUUAG